AUGGAGAAUUCAUACGACUCAGCCAAGUGGACUUCUGAUUCCACAAGUCCAUGUAUGGUCUCAUGGUCAUUACAAUCUGAAUCCACCGAUUCUGAUUGGAACCGGUUUAAUCUCGGCUUCUCUUCUUCCUCCUCCAGCAACUUCCCGGUCGAUGAUUGUGUCGGUGGUUUCGAAAAAGCCGAGUCGCUCUCCAGAAGCCACCGUCUUGCGGAGAAGAGACGCCGUGACCGGAUUAAUUCUCACCUCACUGCUCUCCGCAAACUUGUCCCAAAUUCCGAAAAGUUAGACAAAGCAGCUCUAUUAGCAACAGUGAUAGAACAAGUCAAGGAGCUGAAACAAAAAGCAACAGAAUCUCCAAUCUUCCAAGAUCUUCCGACAGAAGCAGAUGAAGUAACUGUGCAGCCUGAAACCAUCUCCGAUGAAUUUGAACCAGACACUAAUAGAAUCAUCUUCAAAGCUUCGUUUUGCUGCGAAGAUCAACCGGAGGCAAUCUCAGAGAUCAUUAGAGUUCUCACAAAGCUUCAACUCGAGACAAUACAAGCUGAGAUUAUCUGUGUCGGAGGAAGAAUGAGAAUCAAUUUCAUCUUAAAAGACAGCAACUGCAGAGAGACGACAAGUUUGGCUGAAUCAGCAAAAGUGUUGAAGCAGUCUCUCUGCUCUGCGUUAAACCGAAUCACAUCAUCUUCUUCUUCUGCUUCUACUGCUUCGGUUUGCAGGAUCAGAAGCAAAAGACAGCGAUGGUUUCUCUCAUCUCACUACUCACAAUGA